AUGAAAAGAAAAACCAAAGCAGUACAAUCUCGUGUUUCUUUCCUUCUUCGCACUAUUCUGCUUUGUCAUGCGCUCAUGAAUUGGUUUCGGUAUCAGUAUCAACUAUGUUGCCUUGAGCAUAAUAAAAAUCAACAUUUCAACAGAAACAAUCAUCAUUUGAGAUCAACAAUUCAUAAAUUCACUCAAAAAGUCACAACAACAAGAAGACAAAAAGAAAUGUGGCCUUUGUCACGUAAAAAUUCAACAACAAAAUGUACUCUCCCUAUAGCAUUUCUGAAAGGACCGGAAAACAAGAUGUUAUGGGGAGAGUCCACUCGGGCUCUAGAGAAGAGAAGUGAAACAACACAAACACGAAAUAUGAGGCGAAGAGAAAAAGUCUUUCUCUGGAGCCCAACGCGCGAUUCUUUACGUUCACUGCUUUGCUUGAUGGAAUCAGCCAAUAUUCAUCGAUUUGGAAGAAAGAAUUCUUUUAAUACUUAUUUAGUGAUUAAUUAA